UCAGCGCCGUCCUAUCGCCUCCAUGUAGUCGGGCUACUAUUCUCGCAGGGAGAGGGAAAAUAAUAACCUCCAAGAAUUGGUCGUUCCCGUCUUUCAGCCUCCAGGAGCAGCGGAGAGGAGCGGCCUUCGCGGUGGGAAUGUGCUGCUACAACAACCCCGCGUCCUAUUUUUUUGUCAAUGUAAAUGCACAUGCAGUCACGAGCCUGUAGCCUGUUUACCCACCUCGGAUUCAGGAGGAACAUUUAUGUGCAUCAGUUUGUGCGAGAGUGUGCAGCCCCGUGUGAGUACACGUAUAGGCCCUGUGUGUGUGCGUGUGUGUGUGUAGACGUCGCCUGACAGCAGGGGUUUUGCUUUUUUCACCUGCAAGAAACGUGGAUACAUGUCCAGGGAUUUUACGCAUCUCGGUCACGUUUCCGUUUUCUUUCCUUCACUUUUUUGGAAAUGUUUUGAAGGGAUUCGUCGGAGCCCAGCAGGGAGUUUAAAAUAAAGAGGUGUCGGUGCGCAGUUGUUGGAGGCUCGGUGGCGAUGUGAGGGGCUGAUAACACAUUUUGAGCAACAAAAGCGAGGGGCAGGGAGAGAGCGAAAGAGAGAGGGAGGGCGAGAGAGAGAUAGAUAGAAAGAAAAGGCCCUUUGGAGGAGAAACACAGCAAGGGACAGCCAUCGCAAAUACGGAGGACAAAUCGCGGGGUAUUGGGUCGUUUCGGAGCUGGAGGGGCAUCCAGCCGAAAGGACAACCGCAGUGAGUUCGGAGCUGUUCGGGGUUGAUUUGGUGCAACGUAUGAAAAGGAGCCGGAGGAUGACGACGGAAGCGAGGAGGACAUCACACAUGUAGCUCGCCGGGGUGUUAAUAUUAUUUUCCUUCCUCCUGUCUUGCCCCCACCCCAUCGACCCCCCUCCACCACCACCACUCCCACCCCUCCACCCCCUCGACCCUGGGGAGAUAGACACAGAUAGCGAGAAUACGUGCACGCCUUUUUGGAAAUGUUUAUCAUGAAAGAAGACGCGGAAACGAGCCGCGCCGCAGCACGGGCGAGGUUUUCGGACACGCCGAGUUCGGCUCCCUGUCGCCGGCAGCAGUGAGACGCAAGACCCGGGCUUUUUGGAGAUGCAAAUUAGGCUGUUCGCUCUGCCUCCGUUUGAGGUGAAACCCAGAGUCGUCGUCGUCGUCGUCGUCGGCGUCUUGACAAACGUCGUGGAUUACAAGUGUUAAAAAGGAGAAAGAGAAGGUGGGGGAAAAAAAAGCCCUACGCUGCCCGCGAAGGAGGAAAAGCUCGAGCAGGAUUGAGCUAACCCGAGAAGGCGGCCUCGGUCUCCUGCCCUUCCUCUCGCGGCCAAACACGCGUUAUGGACACAUAAUUUCUACAGUGCUGCACCGCGGACACUUUUUGGAGCAGGCCUCGGGACGCCGAGCGGCGUACAUGUGGGUGGCAUCGCUACCAAAUCCGCAUGUCAAACGAGGGGAGUAGACGAGUUUAGUUCGUUUUUUCUUCUUCUACAUAACCCCCUCCACCUCCGCUUCUUCUUCCACCACCACCACCACCUCCUCCUCCCCUGGACCCCGUUUUUUUCAAUUUCUUGAGGGAAGAUGGGUUGUUUGGGCAACAGUAAGACUGAAGACCAGAGAAAUGAGGAGAAGGCACAAAGAGAAGCAAACAAAAAGAUAGAAAAGCAGCUCCAGAAAGACAAACAGAUAUACAGAGCAACACACAGACUACUACUUUUAGGAGCGGGAGAGUCAGGAAAGAGCACCAUCGUGAAACAGAUGAGGAUACUUCAUGUCAACGGCUUCAAUGCAGAAGAGAAAAAGCAAAAAAUUCAAGACAUCAAGAACAAUAUUAAAGAGGCCAUUGAGACCAUAGUCACAGCUAUGAGCACCCUGGCUCCACCAGUGCAGUUGGCCUGUCCACAGAGCAAGUACCGGAUCGAAUAUGUGCUCAACCUCGUCAACCAGAAGGACUUUGAGUUUCCCUCUGAGUUUUACGACCAUGCAAAGACACUGUGGCAGGAUGAGGGGGUCAGGGCGUGCUUCGAGAGAUCCAAUGAGUACCAGCUAAUCGACUGUGCACAAUACUUUCUUGACAAGAUUGAUAUUGUGAAACAGAGUGACUACACUCCAACAGACCAGGAUUUGCUGCGGUGCAGAGUUCUGACUUCAGGCAUCUUUGAGACCAGAUUCCAAGUGGACAAAGUUAAUUUUCAUAUGUUCGAUGUUGGCGGUCAAAGAGACGAACGCAGGAAAUGGAUUCAGUGCUUUAACGAUGUAACGGCCAUCAUCUUUGUGGUGGCCAGUAGCAGUUACAAUAUGGUGAUCAGAGAGGACAAUCAGACCAACCGUUUACAGGAGGCCCUCAACCUCUUCAAGAACAUCUGGAACAACAGGUGGCUGCGGACCAUUUCUGUCAUCUUGUUCCUAAAUAAACAGGACCUGUUAGCAGAGAAGGUGUUGGCAGGCAAAUCCAAAAUCGAGGAAUACUUUCCUGAAUUUGCUCGCUACACCACACCUGACGAUGCGACACCAGAGCCUGGAGAAGAUCCACGUGUUACACGGGCAAAGUACUUCAUACGAGAUGAAUUUCUGAGGAUCAGCACAGCCAGCGGAGACGGCCGGCACUACUGCUACCCCCACUUCACCUGCGCCGUCGACACGGAAAACAUCCGUCGUGUCUUCAACGAUUGUCGAGACAUCAUUCAGCGGAUGCAUCUGCGACAGUACGAGCUGUUGUGAUGGGAGAAAAAUGAAUGACAAGUGUUUGGCCAAAAACACAAACUGGACAAUGAAAACCCCGGAGUCUCUGAACCCCUCUUCCACAGAUGUGUGUCAGCUCUUAAGACGGAAAGGGGGCCAAAGUGUACACACACUCACACACACAUACACACGUAGUAAACACACCCUCGACCCAGAUGUCCCCCUGAUGCAAACUCCCUACCUGCAGUUGACUGAGGCUACUUUGAUGAAAGGUUUUAGGGGUUAACGCAGAAACGGACUCUGACCUCCACCUUCAGCCAUACGUUCAGCCCCACACCUCUGAACAUACAUACACACACACACACUCUCCUCACCUUUCUAAAGAAGAAGAUUGGCCGGUUUGGACUGUAUGUAAUGCGGGGGGGUGAGCCGAGGAUUUUCCCUCUCUUAGAGGUCUGAAUGAUAACGGAGUGAGCUACCACUUCAGUGCAACUUGGAAAUGGAGAACCGUUUAAUUAUUGUGAAUAGAUAACCAACAGGUCAUAACAAUCUGCUGAACACUGGGCUCUUGAAUUAAACACCAAUCCUGCCCAUCGCUUACACACAACCAUGAUUUCACAUCGUACCACACCUGCUGCUAACUGGACUGCACGACCCGUUGGUUUUGGAUCUGCCGACGAGCUGCAGGCUGGUUGAGCUGUUUGUUUGGUUUUUUUCCUGGCGCGGUGCUCUGAGAUUAAACGGAGCCCCGAGGAGCAGCGGCGCCACAAACUAAGCAAAGCGCGGGCGGGGGGGUUGGUCACAAGAACAGGACCGAGCUAACUCCGAUGUGAGUCUCGGAUGGACUGAGACAGGUUUUGACAGAGACGACGAUGACCUGUUUUGCCGCCCUUGAUGGUAGUGGAGCAAAACGUGAGGAGGAAAACAUUGAGUUUAAAUGAAACCACAACAGAAAAUACUAACUUUUAUGGAGCUGAAUGGACGGAGGGCAGAAAGCAUUAUUCUACAGUACAGUACCAUAUAAGUCAAAGAGAGCUCUCAUCUUGUCAUGAUUGACCCUGUUUUUCUGUCUCCACGGCUGUUUUUGUCUGUGUAGACUUUGUGCCAUUGUGCCCUGUGCGCUCUCUUCUUUUACCUUUACUCUGUCGUUCUCUCCUCUCUUUUUGUCCACCCCUCUUCUUCUCUGAUGAUUUUUCUCUCCAUCUUGACAUUUCUCCCCCUCUCUCACCACCUUCCCAUCUGCACUUCUACCUUCCCGGCAGUGCUCUUUUAAAGAGAAAACAAUAUAACAAUCCUGUAACAUAAAAAGAAUAAGAUGGCAACGACGAACGGGACACUAACGUUUUUUUUUUUUUUGUUCUUUCUGUCAUUUUUAUACUUGUGUGGUCAAACAGCCUGCUGCCCCCCCCCGCCUUCUUUCCACCUCUCCUCACCACAUUCCUCCCUGACCUUUUGCCCCUUUGUAUGUCUGUCUUUACAUUACUGCUGAACUAUUAUUCUUGUACAGACUGUAAAAUGUAUUAUUUUGUACAACUUUAUUGAGAAAAAAAAAUAGACUUUUAGAAGAUCCCUGUGCCUUGAUCACGACUGUACGUGUGUAAUGAGCUAAAGUGGGUGUCACACUGCGCUGUAAAGCUUGGCCAAUCCCUUCCAACUCCCAGCCUCCACUUCCUCCUCUUUCUUUAUCUUUCUCGCUCACUCUCUUCCCACCUCCUCCCUCACACACAUUUAGAGACGGAGGACAACCAUUUGUAGCCUUUGUAGUUUAAUUUUUGUCCCAUACCCUCCCAUUUUCUCUUUAUGAUUUAAAUGUAUAUUUUUGAAUCCAUAUACUCUGAAAAGAUAAAUAUAUGAAAUGUAUAUGGGUUUUAAAAAAAGUAUUUUAUUAGAAUCAAAUGAACCGUGACAAAUUGUACACUCGAUAGUGUGCGUAUUGCUAUAACUUAAAUGCUUUCAACUGAAGUUGUGUUCAGGUUUUUCUUUUGUUGUCUUUCAGUGACAUCUGCAAAGGACACUCUGAAGGGUUAAAGAGGAGAUGAGCGAAUCAAAUCAUUGUUGGUUUCUACACAAAUUAUAUUGUUUUGAAGAAAUAAUGCAAAAAAAAGAAAUUCAUUUCAUUUAAUUUUCUGAUGUACAGUAUUAGCAUCUCUCUCCUUUCAGAGCCCUAGUCCUCAUUUAAUGUGUACAACAAAUAUGGUUCUCUACUUUCUGAACAGAAGCUCUAAGAAAUAAAGGUUGUUUUUUUUUGGUGCAGACAGCAACAAGUCUGGGAUGACGUAUGUAAGCACACUCAGACACUGGCCACAAUUCUCGCUACUUUCUCACAUAAACUGCAUUUUUGCAAUCUUAUCCCUAAAU